CGAAACAAAAGAAGAAAAAAAAGAGAUCGGCGCCGUCUCCCGCACUCCAGAGUCAGAAGAGACCCUGCCUCCCAAACCACCGGGCGAGCGAGAUCGUCGUGGGCGGCACUCGCUCUCGCGCGCGGUGAGGCGGCGCUAUCAGAGCGGACUCCGCCUCAAAACCCCACCAGGUAGGUCUGCUGCACUCUGCACCGCAACCAUGGCCGCGGCCGCCGGGCUCAGCCGCCGCUGCACCGUCCGCGGACAAGUCGCGCUUUCGCCUUCCGGGAGCAACCGUCUUCGCCCGGCCCUGGUGUUGUAGAAGAGGAAAGGUUAGGGGGAGGGGGAGAGGUAAGGUGAGCGGCAAUGGGGGCGAUUGGGGGUGAUGAGCUGGUGCAGUGGGAUAAGAUGGCUGGACCGGAGGCGGUUAAUGGAGGCGGAGGAGGUGCGGGGAGGAUGGACAGGAUACAGGUGCUGGUCAGGCUGAGGCCGCUGAGCGAGAAGGAGGUUGCGAGGGGGGAACCUGCGGAGUGGGAGUGCAUCAAUGACACCACCGUCAUGUUCCGGAGCACCUUCCCGGACCGACCAACAGCCCCGACGGCGUACACAUUUGAUCGGGUUUUUCAUUCUGACUGCAGCACCAAGGAAGUCUACGAUGAAGGGGUUAGGGAAGUUGCUCUAUUAGUAGUCAGUGGCAUUAACUCAAGUAUUUUUGCGUAUGGACAAACAAGUAGCGGAAAGACAUAUACCAUGACCGGAGUAACAGAGUAUACAGUAGCAGACAUAUAUGAUUACAUUAGUAAGCAUGAAGAGAGAGCAUUUGUUCUAAAGUUCUCAGCAAUCGAAAUAUAUAAUGAAGUUGUAAGGGAUCUUCUUAGCGCGGAAAAUACUCCUCUUAGACUCUGGGACGAUGCAGAGAAGGGCACCUAUGUGGAGAAUCUUACUGAGGUUGUAUUAAGGGACUGGAACCACCUCAAGGGGCUUAUUUCUGUCUGCGAAGCUCAAAGAAGGACAGGGGAGACCUUUUUAAAUGAAAAAAGCUCCAGAUCUCAUCAGAUGCUGAGAUUGACAGUUGAAAGUUCUGCUCGGGAGUUCCUAGGGAAGGACAAGUCAACCACACUUGUUGCUAGUGCCGUACGUACAUCCAGCAAAUAUGUGAUGGAGUUUUUUUUAUAUAUCAAAAUAAUCAUGAGCAUUAUUGGUUCUGUGCAGAACUUUGUUGAUUUGGCAGGAAGUGAGCGUGCAUCUCAGGCAUUGUCUGCUGGCACAAGACUAAAAGAAGGUUGUCAUAUUAACAGAAGUUUGCUUGCCCUCGGCACUGUCAUUAGGAAACUAAGCAUGGGGAGUAAUGCACAUAUACCGUAUAGAGAUUCAAAGCUCACACGCAUAUUACAACCAUCUUUGGGAGGUAAUGCAAGAACCGCCAUCAUUUGUACACUGAGCCCGGCCACUAGUCAUAUUGAGCAAUCAAGAAAUACCCUAUUAUUUGGGAGCUGUGCAAAGGAAGUAGUUACAAAUGCCAAAGUCAAUGUGGUCAUGUCUGAUAAAGCGCUAGUUAAACAUUUGCAAAAGGAAGUUGCUAGAUUGGAGAGUGAGUUGCGGCAACCAGCUUCAAAUUCCAGUCUUGAAGCAUUAGUAAAGGAAAAGGACAACCAAAUCAGAAAGAUGGAGAAAGAAAUAAAAGAACUCAAGUCACAGCGUGAUCUGGCUCAAUCUAGGUUGCAGAAUCUGCUGCAGACUGUUGGGGACCACUCAAAGCACCCGGGCUCAGGAAAGCGUUCAGCCCGAAGUCCUCCAUCAAUUGGAAUGCCCCCAAGCAUCAGCAGGGAUGAUAGUUCUCAGAUCUCUCAUGAUGAUUCAGAUCUUUACAAGGAAGUGCGAUGCAUUGAGACCAGUGGAACAGGAGGAAAUGAACAGUUGGAUAUGUCAGCUGGUGAAAGCAGUAGUCCACAAGGUUCAAACAUGAAUUCUAGCUUGCGUGGUAACGGUUCCAAUACAUCAGUGAAUUCAAGGCGUUCAAGGCUCCUUGGUGAAUCUCCUGUCACGUUGGAGCAGCAUUUGGAGAAUAUCAGAAGGCCUUUUGCCACUGUUGGCAGAGAUCUAGGAUCUUCGACACGUAACUCAUCAGGCUCCAGAAUUCUUGGUAGAAGCAGGAGCUGUAGAUCACUUACAGCUACUACUAUGUUUGAUGGCAUAGAGGUGGAUGAUGACACCCCGCUGCAUAGAAGUUUGGUUGGUUUCCCAGGAAGGCCUGAAGGGGGUCAUAGAAGGGGAUCUGCACUGAACUAUGAUGUAGAAAGUGAAACUCUUUCAAGAGCAGGAUCAAUAGUUUCAACCAAGACGAAUGGUGCAUGCGAUGCAGAGUUCACUGGUAUAGGUGAAUUUGUUGCUGAAUUGAAGGAAAUGGCUCAGGUUCAUUAUCAGAAACAGUAUGGUGGUCAGAAUGCAAAUGGAGACUUUGGAGAGGGGACCAUAAAGAGCAUUGGAUUGGACCCGAUUGCUGAUGCUUCACAAUCACCGUCUCGCUGGCCGUUGGAAUUCGAGAAGAAACAGCAGGAGAUCAUCGAGCUUUGGCACUCAUGCAGUAUUUCCUUAGUACACAGGACCUAUUUUUUCUUGCUAUUCAAGGGAGAUCAGGCUGACUCAAUCUACAUGGAAGUGGAGCUUCGGAGGCUAUCAUUCCUCAGAGAUACUUACUCUCGGGGAAGCACCCCUAGCAAUGUGGUAGUAGGUAGCUUGAACUCUUCCCCAGCUGCGAGUGCUAAGAAGCUGCAGCGCGAGCGGGAGAUGCUUGCGAGGCAGAUGCAGAAGCGGCUCACGGCAGUGGAAAGAGAACACGUGUACACCAAGUGGGGCGUUUCCCUGGACUCCAAGAAGAGGAAGCUGCAGGUGGCUCGCCGCCUCUGGACGCAGACAAAGGACCUGGAGCACGUCAGGGAGAGCGCCUCCCUGGUCGCCAGGCUGAUCGGGCUCCAGGAGCCAGGGCAGGUCCUCCGGGAGAUGUUCGGGCUCAGCUUCGCCCCGCAGCAGCAGCCGCCCCCUCGCCGGCGAUCCUCCAACGGCUGGAAAUACGGGUUACCUUCGUUCGGCUGAUCGGAUCAACACCCACUCACGACGAUAACAGAUGACACGGCGCGAGCGACGACUGACCAGAGAGAUGUAACUUUUAUCCCUUCUGUUUCUUUUUUUUCCCGCUCUCUUGUGGUGGUGUAACUUGCUGCCUCUGAUUUGAGUAGGAUCUUAGGAAACCAUUCGCCGGGCCGUUCGCUUGUGCUCCGGUGGCUGGCUGGCUGGCUGGCUGGUGUAUCUUUCUGCCUAGCCGCUGCCGCUGCUGCCGCCUCGGCCCCAGUUGCUGACGACGCCAUCCUACGACCGUAAUUCCGGACGCUGUUGUGUAACUUUAACCUGUGGUGCAAUGGUAACCUGUCGUGCCAUCUUGGCCGAGA